GCAGCCAGUUGUAAACACAGCAGUGGAUUUACAAAGUAGAUGCAGGAAACCACAAAUGCUUUUGCAAGCGAUAAAUGGAAGUACUUUUCAAGUUAUUAUCGCUACAAAAGGAAUCCUGUUUGCUGUAUUUGACUGUGGGGUUCAUGAUCAAGUUGAAUAUCCUUACUAGGGGAGUGAUGUGAUAUUUUGUUCAAGGAAGAAGAGACAUUGAAUCAAAGAACCACAGUGUUUAGAAAAGGGACUGUGCUGCUGUUGGUGUGACUAUAACUUUUCAUGAUUGGAGUGCUGCUUGAUCCCUCCCACAAUAUUGCCACACCACGGUCCGAGACCUGAGACCUGAGGUUCCUGCCAUGGAACUGCCCACCCCGCUCUGCCUAAAGUUAAGUACUGUGACCAGGGUCAGGCCUGUGCAUGUAAGAUGGAUAAGCUGACCAUAGUAAUGGGGCCAAUGCUACGUGCUUGGCCUGGGAUAGAUUGGGAUGGGGGAAUAAGUGACUAUUGUUUGGGUGUGUUCAAGAACCUGUGGGUACUCGGGUGUAUUUUUUCUUAUUUGUGUUUUUCCCCCAGCUGGAGAAGAGGAGGACGAGCAGACAAGGCAUGGGAGGAUGAUUCUGAGUGCAAGAACAAGUCCAACAGCAGACAGUAUUCAUCCACACUGAAACUGGAGAACAUGCUGCCAAAACUGUUUGUCAUCUGCACCUUCAUUGGUUAUUUGAAUGCCUUUCAGGUCACACAGCCCCAUCUUGUUGCUGCCAAUAGCUCUGGAUUUGCCAUGCUGUCAUGUGACUACAAAUACAGCAAAGAGAUCAUAGAAUUAAGGACUUACCUGCUUCGGGCAAGACACAAUGACACAAUAAGUUGUGAGCCAUCAGUCAACGAGAACAAGAAAGGGAGCCUCUGCCUGAUGGAAAGUUACAACAACAGUGUGACCCUCACCAUCAUGCUGCUCAGUGUCUCAGAUGCAGAUCUGUAUGUUUGCAGAGUGGAAGUAAGAUCCCCUCCUCCAUUUGUUUAUGGUGAGGGGACAGGGACCAUAAUAUAUAUUGCUGAGACGUCACAGAUUCCACUUUCUCAAUGUACAGGCUUUAAUUGGCCCGUGGUCUGGGUUACUGCAGGAGUAGGUGGGCUUCUCUUGCUGUACAGCAUAAUUAUAACUCUCACCUGCUUAUUCUUGAAGAAAAGAGACACGGGUGAACCUGACAGCAACAGUGAAUACAUGGAUAUGAGGAAAGUGAUGUCUGAAAAUGCAAACAGGAAGAGAAAAAGGGACAGGAACCACAAUUCUGAACAAUUUCAUUUUUAAUUGUGUUAUUCCUCACGUACAUACUGUUUGGUAUAAAUCAAAACAUGAAAUGAGAAGCUUCAUAAUAGUGGAGCAAAUGCAUCGUAGUAAAACAAGAAGAGCCUGUUUUUGCAUCAAGUUGUGAAUACUGUAACAAAGAUUAUAAUUCUCCUGCUUUUAGAGCUUGCAGAAGCCAUGGCUUGACUGUUAUCACAGUGAUACUCCUGUUAGUACUAAGACAAUGUUCUGUCCGGAAUGAGAGGCACCGUUGGCUAUUCUGCACGUUUACCUUACAUGGCUCAUGCACUGUAUUGUUCAAACCAUAAUAUUAGGAGGCUGAGCAAAAUAAAAUCAAGGUUUUAGCUGCUAACAAUUAUGAAGGGCAGAACAUACACAGGUGAUGCUGUUAAACAAAUACACUAUCUCCAUUGCUUCUGUCAGACAGACUGACACAGACAAAAAUGAAAUGCGUUGGCUAAAAUUGGCAGGAUUCUGCCAGUUUCAUUCAGCAGUUUUGCUACUGGGGAGAACUUUAUUUUAGGGAAAGACUGAAGCUCCUAAAGCCUCCCCUUUAAAAAUGUUUUGCUCACUUUAAGCUAUUUUAAAUCUUGUUCUAGAUCAUUACUGAUUGAUUUGUGUUUAUAUUUGCUGAAAUUUGCCAUUACUGUUAAAAAAUGGUUAUAUCAUGGUUACAUAAUAAAAAAAUGUGUUCCUAACUGUUAGACUACACUUGUGAAAAA